GAAGGACAUCUCUGUCGAGUUCGCCAAGGGAUCCAAACGGGAUGUGUUUCUGACUGAUGGUAGUAGAGUGAGUGCUGCUACAGCUGCCAGUACAGCCAUCGCUGCUGCCCAGUGGUCUGUUACCCAGAAGGCUCAGUCCCUGUCCUCUACCUCCCGGCAUGGUGUGGAUGUGGGGUUGUACCACCAGGGGGCAGCAGUAACCCUGGGAGUCUGUGAAGAAGAGGAGAACCUGGACUACAAGGCCCAGACAGUGGUAACAGUGGUCUCGUCUGAGGCUGUGGUUUCUGGAGUGGACGGCGUACAGCUGUCUUUGGGACAAUCACAAUCUCCGCUCAUCACUACGGCAACCACACAGCAGGUAGAGAUAGUGGGUAAGCCUCAGCCUCCUACUCCCACCCACCCUGCCACCCCCGGAACUGCACACGAGUACCAACAAUACCCGGUCCCGGACGUGUCCACCUACCAGUAUGAGGAGAGUUCUGGCUUCUACUACGACCCUCUAACUGGACUCUACUACGACCCCAAUUCACAGUACUACUAUAACAGGGUCACUCAGCAGUAUAUGUACUGGGACGGAGAGAAGCAGACAUAUAUUCCAGCUCCCGCCCAAUCAACUGAGACUGUUGUUGCCCCCGGUGAUAACACCGCCCCCUCUAACCCCCCCUCUGCUGCCCUCGGGGGCAAGGAGAAGAAAGACAAGCCCAAAAACAAGACAGCACAACAGAUAGCGAAGAACAUGGAGCGUUGGGCUAAGAGUCUGAACAGACAGAAGGAGAACGUUCGCUCUCUCUCCUCUUCCUCCUCCGUGACCCCUGUGGCCUCUAUGGCUCUUUCCCCUGGUGACACCUGGGCUCCUGGACUCGGUCGCCAUGACGACCGCAGGGAAUCCGCCAGCGCAGACGCCGGAUAUGCUGUCCUGGAGAAGAAGGGGGCGUUGUCUGAAAGAGCUCAGAUCAUCCUGGACCAGCUCAGACACACAGAUCACAGAGAGCGCUCCCCUCCUCAGGUGCAGGGUUUGGUGCCGGCCUACAAUGGAGAGACGGACAGCGAGGGAGAGGAAGGAGGAGAGAAGGAUGCGAGGAUGACAGACUGGGCUAAGCUAGCCUGUCUGCUGUGUAGGAGACAGUUCCCCAACAAGGAGGCUCUCAUACGACACCAGCAGCUCUCAGAGCUACACAAGCAAAACCUGGAACAGAGGUCGUCUCAGCAGGAGGGGGGAGCUUCGGAGAGGAGGGAGAGAGGUCUCCCCACCGAACCACCAGACCCCAAGAAGAGGAAGUACAGCCCCCUUGAUGGUACGGCUGGCAGUAGUCUAGGUGCCAGGAUGCUGCAGGGAGUGGUGAAGAAUGGCCUGCUGCUACGUAACAUGCAAGUGGACUGACCUCUGACCUCUAGCCCCUGACUGUUAUCCCGCUCCAGGGUGAAGUUUCCCCUAGGUCUGUACAGAUCUUGGAUCAGCUUCCCCUUCCCGAAUCCUAAUCUAUUUUAUAAACACUUUUUACCCCUUUUUUCGUUCGUUUCGUCGCUGCAACUCCCGUACGGACUCUGGAGAGGCGAGGGUCGAGAGCCACGCACCCUGCCAAGCCGCACUGCUUCUUGACACAAUGCCCACUUACCCCGGAAGCCAGCCGCACCAAUGUGUCAGAGAUAACACCUGGCGACCGUGUCAGCGUGAACUGCGUCCGGCCCCGCCACAGGAGUCGCUAGAGCAUGAUGGGACAAGGACAUCCCUGCCGGCCAAACCCUCUAACUCGGACGACACUGGGCCAAUUGUGCGCCGCCUCAUGGGCCUUGGAUCGAACCCAGGUCUGUCGCGACUCCUUAGACCGUUGCACCAAUCAGGAGGCACCCGAAUCCUAAGUGGGAAAGUCUAUAGACACAGAUACUCAAAUCUGAUCGCUGCAGAGGCCGAUAUAUGACAUCAACACUAUAGGAGAUCAAUAUGGACCCAACAGAGGCACGCCACGGACGAUAAGAGAAGGGACAUUUUUGAUAACCACCGGCAUAAACGAUUCUCAACAUAUAUGAUAUUUAAAGCAAAUUUACAAUAGAAAUAGGACUUUAAUCUGUUACAUUCACUGAUAACAUUGACCCUAAGAUAUGUGAUGUGGAAACGGGUCUGUGACUCGGCGACCGGUAGUCCUUAAUAAAGAGCAUUUACCCGUGAUGUGGAAACAGGUCUGUGACUCGGCGACCGGUAGUCCUUAAUAAAGAGCAUUUACCCGUGAUGUGGAAACGGGUCUGUGACUCGGCGACCGGUAGUAAGAGCAUUUACCCUGAUGCGGUGGUCCCCAGAACGGAAACGGUUAGGGACCACUGGUCUAUACAUCACCUUGUGUUUGAUUGGAAACGGUAUGUAAAAUGAGAGUUUUAUAUUAAUAGUCAGCCAUUAAUACUUAACAAAUAGGAAGACAUUUCUGCUGUACACAGGUGUCUGUGUUUUCAUGGGCUCCACUCCAGUUCCCCGCAGCUAACCUGGGCGUAUGGUCACCCCGAGAAAUGAGUUAAAGACUGCAUUACAGAGAGAAUCAUGUGUUUUACUACAGAUAGCUUAGGAGUAGAACAAUCCCUCAUUGUCUCUAAAAUGCAACUGGGAAACUAAGCCAGGGUUAAGACAACAACCCUGUGUAGAUAACGACAGGAUGAACCCAGAGUGACUUAUGAUGGUCCUUGGUCUGCAUAUGGGAGGGGUGGAACCAGCCCUGACUAAGCAUUCUUAGGGUCAGCUAUAUGAAGAACUCUGCAUGUCUGUAAAAGUUAGGCUGCUCGGCCCAACAGUCAAUACUGUGGGGUUGACUAGUCUCAUUAUUGCAAUAACUAAUUAAUAUUAAAUAAAGAUGAUUGUUUGAA